UAGGUACCAUGCAGUAUAUACAUCGGAAGACUCAUUAUGGGCAUAUUUUAUUUGUUGAAUUAAAGAGUGUUGAAUUAUGCGACGAGUUUCCCAUGCGACACCAUGUCCGCCGCCUUCUCCACCCGGUUCGGCGGAGGACGGUGGUUCAAUCACGGCCUAUAUUCACGAAGAAUCAACAACGGGAAAUGUUGAGUUCACCAAAGAGGUCCGAGAACAGUUUCACAAAGCAAAACCACGCAGACCACCUCCAGGAGUGCGGAAAAGCAUUCUUGUUAAUGCGGGUCCUCAAGAGGUGAAUGACGAUCCCCGGCAACGACAUCUUGAGCUCCCCACAGGCAACAGCCAUGCCCGACGCACUUCACUCAUCCCCAAAAAUCGUGGAGGACGAAGAACUUCAAUUUUAGCCCAGCCAGCUCAGAAAAUCCCCGGAACUUCACGGCUAGGUCCGCUGCCCGUCAUUCCCGCUGCCAACUCAUCACGUCAACGAAGGCCGACUCUGCUGCCAGACCACUUGGAGCAAGACGAGAUGGCGGAUCCGAAGGCACAACCGUCCCUUCGAAACCAUAUUCCGCUCAAGAAAGCCCCGCGCAGGCGAACCAUAUACGUCCCUUCGGAAGACACCACCAUCAUGACAAUCCACCCCGGCGCCCCGUCUCGCGCAUAUUCGAACACGAGACCGUCAUCGGCGGAUCUCGGACUUGGGCUUCUCACGUUGGCAGAAGAAGAGCCCGCGAAGAUGGAGAGCACCGAGGUGAAGUCGUCUCGGGGUUCGCGCAAGUCACUGGCUGCGGCACCGAGGAGGAUCCCACUUUGUGCGACCAAGCGCCAACUGCAGGCCCCAACCAUAUAUGAAGACGUCGAGGGGAUGGGAGAUGGGAAAGAAAAUGUACCGCCGGGGCGAGUGUCUACAAAGCAAAUGGAAUUGGAGCACAAAAAAGUUAGGAAGCCGCUGCAUACGACCGGUGCAAAUCUUGAAAGAAAGCAACUCAACGCAGGUCGGACACACCCUCAGAGUCCGCUGGAUACACCUAUCGAGAAAUUCUUCCCGGCAUUGGACACUCCUCCACGCGAUUCGCAACCGAAACCGAAACCGACCUCGAAUCAGAACCCUAUCGCAACGCGUCCGAAGCCUGUCAUCGAACGACUUUUGGAUCGCGCAGCCACCGUCAAGAGGCAAUCCCCUGUUGCGACAAAUAAUCGUAAAAAUAGCCCAAACACCUCUCCGCGUCUAGCAUCAAACGGCGGAGUGCCUAAAAAGUCUGCCAAAGCGUCCUCGGUCCACAAAGCGAGCCAGCAGGCGCAACAAUUCCCAGUUAUCACGGACGACCUCAAUCGACCCGAGCUGUAUGAGGAGCACUGGCUGGCCCAACAAGAGACAUCUCUAACGCAGCUCCUAAAUGGGAUCUUCAAAUCACUGGAGCCGAAAUCUUAUCUCGAUAUUGAGAAACACAGUACUAUGCGACGCCGUUUACUGGACAUCUAUCAAUCGCACGACUUGUCCAUCGCGUACAAGCGGAUCCAAGCCUCCUUACGCUAUGGAGCACUCUGUAUCCCCAAAGAUACCAUCACCCGCGAAGUCCGGUUGAAAGAGGACAUCGGCAUGCAGAAGAAGUUUCUCACGCUCUGGAUCGACUCCUAUGACCAUGAAUUGCUCAAGCCGGCAUUAGAGGCGAUCGUGGGAAGGGAGAUACCGCAAGAUGCGCGCUUGUCAGGGACACCACCGCAGGCGUCGCUAUCUCCUGAGCGUGCUGGUAGGCGACAGAGGAAGCUCCUCGGGGCGUUCUUUAAUGCGUUCUUUAUCCACAACGAAGACGCACCGAAAGCGAAGAGCAGUGCUGGGACCAUUGGUGGAAUUGCGCGGUCGCUUGGGAGAGAUGCGGAAGAUGCUGGGUCCUCCGUCGGCUCGUGGCGAAGGACGGUCCUCCGAAGCUUGAUGCUGAUCCUUAUUCUCGACAAAGCUAAGGGAGCGGAAGUGGCUCCCAAGUGCUUGUUUCAGAAGACUUCAACGCACAAGUCGUCUAUGGAAGUGUUGGUCGCACUCGGUCGACUGCUUUUGCCGUCCGUGGGAGAUAUCGUUAAGACGCUCGGCCAUUUGAACUACUCGCUGCAGACGAUUCAGAGUCCUCUUCAAGAGUACGACUACCACGUCGAGAAUAUGGCAACCGAUCUCCGGGACGGGGUGAUGUUGACACGACUUGUUGAGGCGCUCCUCUAUUCCCCAUCCAAACGUGUCCUCGAGAGGGAGAUGGCCGGUGAGGCCACUAUUACGUUCACCUUACCCGACGGCGACCUCCUCACCAGCAACAUCGAUGAUCCAACUGGCAACAACUGGAUCCUGUCUCAGCACCUCAAAGUCCCUGCCACGUCCCGCACGCACAAAAUGUACAACGUCGACAUCGCGUUAUGCGCCGCCGCCAACGCAACGGGUUCCAUGGGACACCUGAGCCAAGACAUCUCAGCAAGCGAUAUCGUCGACGGCCAUCGCGAGAAGACGCUCAGCCUCCUCUGGGCCCUCGUGAGUGAGUACGGCCAAGACCUGCUUGUCGACUGGACGGAAGUGCAAGCGGAGAUCCAACGAGCCAAGCAGCGCAUCCACCCUGCCGACUUCUCCGCGCUUGACAUCCAAGACGACUCUGCCAUCGAGCGGCUCAACAGCGUCGCCAAAUCGCAGGCUCUGCUCCGCACCUGGGCGACGCUCAUCUGCCACCUUCACGGAAUCCACAUCACCAACCUCACCACCUCCUUCGCCUCCAGCCACGCCUUCUCCGCCAUCAUCGACGAAUACUCCGCCUUCCUCCCCACUACCACCCCCUCACCAUCACUCUCCACCUCCUCCACACCCCUCCCAACCAAACUCGCCCCCCUCGCCAUCUCCGCCUCCUUCCUCCGCCUCCUCUCCCCCCCCACCGCCCCAAUCAUCCCCUCCCCCACCCUCACCCUCCAAAUCCUCCUCUUCCUCUCCUCCCGCCUCCUCCCCCUCGCCCGCCGCCACCGCGCCGCCACCACCAUCCAACGCGCGCUCCGCACCCACCUCCUCCGCCGCUCCCUUCUCUCCGCCCUUCACCGCCGCGUCGUGUGCGCUACGCUCGCCCGCGAGUGCGCGCUGGUAGUGCGUGCGCGGGAAGAGGUGAUCGACGCCGCGAGGAGGAUUCAGAGGGCUUGGAGGGGGUGUUUGGAGAGGAGGGUGGAGCGGUUGGUGGGGGAUGUGGUGGGGGUGCAGAGUGUGGUGAGGGGGUGGUUGGUGAGGAGGAGGGUGGAGAGGGUG